CUUAUGUCAUUUUGACAUAUGACAAGUAGAGGCACUCCCAAGUCUGGAUUCUGAAGAACUAAAUACUGAGUAAAGUCAAAACGACAAAGAAAAAUCAGUGCUUACAAAAUGGCUCUAAAAGCGCUUGUGGGGCAAAAGAUUAUGAAUGAGGUGAUCCGCUAUCGCGGACCCAAAGGCAAGGAAGCCCAACGCAUAGAAUGGCGUAUCCUCAUAGUGGAUCAGCUCUCUAUGAGGAUGGUGUCGGCUUGCUGCAAGAUGCACGACAUCUCGGCUGAGGGAAUCACAUUGGUUGAAGACAUCCAUAAGAAGAGGGAGCCUCUGUACACCAUGGACGGCAUCUACCUCAUCACACCAUCAGAGAAAUCAGUUCACGCCCUCAUCAAUGAUUUUUCUGUCGGUAACCGCAUUAUGUAUAAAGCAGCUCACGUUUUCUUCACUGAAGUGUGUCCUGAGGAAUUGUUCAAUGAAUUGUGCAAAUCGUCAGCUGCUAGAAAAAUCAAAACUCUGAAGGAAAUCAACAUUGCCUUCUUACCUUACGAGAGUCAGGUGUUCAGCCUGGACUCUCCGGACACGUUCCAGUGUAUGUACAACCCGGCGUUGACGCAGACCCGUAAUGCCAACAUGGAGCGGAUCGCGGAACAAAUCGCCACUCUGUGCGCCACGCUUGGCGAAUAUCCCUCUGUGCGUUAUCGCAGCGACUGGGAGCGCAAUGUUGAACUCGCGCAGUUAAUACAACAGAAGCUGGAUGCUUAUAAGGCGGACGAGCCGACUAUGGGCGAGGGUCCAGAGAAGGCUCGCUCUCAACUACUAGUGCUAGACCGCGGCUUCGACUGCGUGUCUCCACUACUACAUGAACUGACGCUGCAGGCUAUGGCCUACGACCUUCUGCCCAUUGAGAACGAUGUGUACAAGUAUGAGGCCUCUCAAGGUCAUAUGAAGGAGGUGCUUUUGGAUGAGAACGACGAGCUGUGGGUGGAACUCCGACACCAGCACAUCGCCGUCGUGUCCACCUCCGUCACCAAGAACCUCAAAAAGUUCACUGAGUCCAAACGUAUGGGAGGAGGAGACAAACAAUCCAUGCGCGAUCUCUCGCAAAUGAUAAAGAAAAUGCCUCAGUACCAGAAAGAGCUGUCCAAGUACGCGACUCACUUACGUCUAGCCGAGGACUGCAUGAAGACUUAUCAGGGCUACGUGGACAAGCUGUGUAAAGUGGAACAGGAUUUAGCCAUGGGUACAGAUGCUGAGGGUGAGAAAAUCAAAGAUCACAUGAGGGGCAUCGUUCCAGUACUACUCGAUCAGUCGAUCAAGAACUGUGACAAGAUGCGUAUCAUCGCGCUGUACAUAAUGUCCAAGAACGGUAUAUCGGAGGAGAACCUCAACCGCCUGGUGACGCACGCCCAGCUAGAACCAUCCGACAAACAGGCGCUGCUCAACCUCGCCAACCUUGGACUCAAUGUUGUCGUUGAUGGCAACAGGAAGAAGCAGUACCAAGUACCGCGGAAGGAGAGAAUCACUGAACAGACGUACCAGAUGUCAAGAUGGACUCCAGUUAUCAAGGACAUAAUCGAGGACUCCAUUGAUGAUAAGCUCGACCAGCGUCACUUCCCGUUCCUGGCCGGUCGUGCUCAAACAUCCGGAUAUCAAGCACCUACUAGCGUCCGCUACGGUCAUUGGCAUAAGGAUAAGGCGCAACAAACCAUAAAGAACGUUCCACGUCUGAUUGUGUUCGUGGUCGGAGGUGUCUGUUUCUCCGAAAUUCGUUGUGCUUACGAAGUGACAGCUGCUCUUAAGAACUGGGAGGUUAUAAUCGGUUCCUCUCACAUCCUCAUCCCGGAGAACUUCCUCUCGGAUCUCAGCUCUCUCACCGCAUAAAUAUUUCACCCCAAUUACCUACUGUUAUUUGGUUAGUUUUAGCCGGUGUUACUAAGUACCAUAUUUAUGUAUAGUAACUAAUUUUUCCUAUAAUAGAAUUGCUUAUAAAUAAUUUUUCCUUUAUCCUAUGUUCUGUUUGUGAUAUCGUUUGCUGAUAAUCAAUGUUAUAAUCAUUUUAGCAGUGUCUAUAUUGUUGAUAUUUUGGAAGAUUUAAUAUAUAUAGCGACGUUGUGUACUUUAGUUGGAACUACUAUACCUACUUAUUUAUUAUAAAUAAAUAAUCCUCUAAAUAUUUCGGAUUGUUAGCUGUUAUUUUGGUAAUGAUUUUAAUAGUUUAAAUAUUUAUAAUUAGUAUUAUUAUUUUUAAGUUUAGAAAUUGCUUUAAUGCCAAAAAGCUGGUACUGAAUCAAGUGUGGGCGAGAAAAAAAUAUAUAAAAAUUGAAUUUGGAUGUUAAGAGAUUUUUGAAUUUGGAAUGUCGCAGGCCCUCAAAGAAACAUUUUUGUUUGUCACUAUAGAAACUUCCUGCAUGUACUUAACCAAAUGUCCACAUCAUGAAAUCUCGUUAUAAAUAAAAGUUUGUUGAAAAAUACAUAGCAAUAGAUUUUUUUGAUGUAAACAAUCAAUUCUAAUACUGUAUGUGUGGUAGUUGAUAUAGUUUUCUCUACAUUCCAUAGGAAGUAUAGUUUUUCGAGGCGUCUAUAUAAAUCGUUGCGCCGUGUUAACUCCUUACGAAAUAUUCACUUGAAUAAUAAUAUUGUAGAAUCAGAUUUAAAUGUAUACAAAUAGCGGUAUGUGUGUACAACAUAUAUGAGUAGACGUCACAUAAAUAACAUAUCAGAAAUGAUAUGACCUAUAUAAUUAUUGUGUAUUUAAGAAUAAUUUUCAUAGAAUAUGACCUGUGAGAUAUAAACUAGUGCGGUUAUCGGUGCCCAUGUUCGUGCAAUUACAUAGAAUGUAUGCAUUUUUUUUUAAAUCUUUCAACAUACAUAUUCUAAUCGUUCAGUAUUGUUAAAGUUAAUAAACAUUUCAUUCACA